ACCCCCUGCUCCCCUGCUUCCCACCGCCUCUGCAAGGAGAAAACGAAGCAAAGCCGGUGCACCACUUCCUCCGGCUGAGACCCGAUAACGUUGUUUCUUCCGUUGAGGGUUCUGCAGAACCCUCCAGUUUCAUCACGGAACAGAAAGAAAACACACCGGAGAGCACUGAUUUCUUUACCGGGAGGAGCAGCAAACCUACCGCUGGUCCUGGCAAUGAGCACAACGAUGUUGUGCCUGUGUGCCCAGUAUCACGAAAGCCUUCCGGCUGCACAGUCCCUAUAUUUGUCAGUUGCACAGAACGGCAUCUCUGAGGCAAAAUACUCCAGCCAGUGGCGAAGGAUGUUUGGACAGAUGCAAAACACAGAGGGAUCAAUGAUGCAGAAGACAAGAAAGCAUCCCUAUCAUUGUCAACACAAGUGGACAUGCAAAGAUUACCCUACAUGUCCCAAGUGGCAUCAGACUGCCCUGAGAUUGUCGAGCAUUGCACUGGUUAUACUCAUUGCCAUAGUGAUAGGACUAACCAUUUUGGUAUGUCGCCUAAGUAGUGAGAAAGGAACCAAAGAUUGUGAUGGCAUGAAUAUUUCUCCCAGGAAACAACAGGACAAUACAAACUUCACAACAAAGUCCACGCUAAACUUAUGCCCUAAUAAUUGGCUGCGGAAAAAAGGGAAAUGCUAUAAUUUCUUAAAAACCUUUAAAUCAUGGACCGAUAGCCAAAAAUCCUGCUUAAUAAUGAAAUCACAUCUCUUGAUGAUCCAAGACAUGGCUGAACUGAAUUUCAUACAGAGUAGUAUACCGGAUGGAAUUUACUUUUGGAUGGGUCUGAACAUCACGCACCCACAAAAGGCAUGGACCUGGCUGGACGGCACCCCAUUAAAUCUACAGUUAUUUCAAGUCAUGGGCCAAGUUGAAGAUAACGCCUGUGCUGUAAUAACAAAGAAGGGUGUGUUUUCCGAAAAGUGUUGUAAUGAGAGUUACUGGAUUUGUCAACAUGUGAUUUCUUCAGACAAUGACUUCUAAACUGAUUGCAGUCUAUCCUUCCUAUCAAAAAAAAAAAAAAAAUUCGGAAGUCUUUUUUUAUUUAUGUAUUUUUGUAGAUGUACAUCACUUUUACAACAAAUAUUAUGGUGAUGAUGAUGAUAAUGGUGUAGAUUUGUGUCACUAUAACUCUGGGCAAUCAGGCUUAACUCAUUCCUUGUGGCCUUGUCACUCUUGUCACUGGUGCUAUAAUUCAGCAGUCAUCCCCCAUUCAUCAUAGUGGCUCUUUGAGACAGAAGUUGGCCUUUCAUCUCUUCAACAAUUCUCUCCCGACAGCCCCCAUUCACCAUUAGCAGGGGAGCUUUUUUUUUUUGAAGAGAAGCCGUCAGAUGAUACAUUCAUGAAUUUUCCACCACUGAGUCUAUACAGUUGUCUGCAUCUUACUUAUUUCUUUUCUUUCUCCUCCUAUUUCCAAAGAAGGGGUCUUCCUCUGUCUGGCUAAAUCAAAUCUCAGAGUCUACAGCCGGGAUCGCAUCUCUUUUCAUUUUUUCAAAGAGAUUCCUUCCUUCAUCACCUCCACUUCUAACCUCUCUCUUCUUACGCCUCCUUUUCUUUCGGCAAUGAAAAUGCAAGAACGCAAGAAAAUUUUCCCUGAACCACUUGUGGCUUCCAGUUUCUAUCCAGUGUCUCCCACCUGUUUUAAGUCAAACUUCCGAGAAAUUGUUUAUACUUGCUUUUUCCUCUUUCCACCUCCCACUCCAGGUUCUUCUGCAAUCUGGUUUCUGCUUUUCCCACUAUUUCACUAAAGUGUUCUCAUCACGUCAAGAAUGCCUUUCUUCUGCCUAAACACCAUGACAGCUUUUUAGCUUUCCUCUUUUUUUUUUUUAAUUUUUUUUCAACGUUUUAUUUAUU